GAUUCACCUCAGGGGAUUGAUUGCAUGAACCUGCAGAAAUUCGGGGAUUUAAAUCCUGCAGGCAGCUAAUUCAGCUCCUCCUGGAGCUGCAGAAACCUUCUUUAGCUGCAGGAAUAUUUCUGAAGGAGGUUUUGUUCUGCAUGGGAGCAGCUGGCUGAGAAAGGCACCUGUGUGAGGAGUCACUGCUGGCAGCUGGUGUGUGACACUGAGCGUGGAUGGGACAAGGUCCAGGAUGGAACAUUCCUGCUGGCUCCUGCUGCUCUGUAUUAGUUUCAGUUUUGCACAAGCUCUGCCACCCAAUGGAACUGAGCUGCCCAAAACAACCACAACAACCAACUCCACCGAGGAGAACACCCUGCACAAGGAGCUGCUGACUUCCCUGCUGAUCCUGGUGCUGGUGCUGAUCAUUUUCGUGGUGCUGGUGGGGUAUUUUGUCAGGUUCAGGAGACACAGGAAAGCUGUGGUGACCUCCGGUGACAAAAAGAUGCCAAAUGGGAUCUUGGAAGAGCAAGAACAGCAGCGGGUCAUGCUGCUCAGCAGGUCCCCCUCAGGCCCCAAGAAGUAUUUCCCCAUCCCAGUGGAGAACCUGGAGGAGGAGAUCCGGGCGCGCUCUGCAGAUGAGGGGAAGCUCUUCAGGGAGGAGUUCAAUUCAUUAACGUCUGGGUAUGUGCAGGGAACGUUUGAAAUGGCAAACAAGGAAGAAAACAGGGAGAAGAACAGAUAUCCCAACAUCCUGCCAUAUGAUCAUUCCAGAGUGAUUUUGUCCCAGAUUGAUGGAGUCCCCCCUUCAGACUACAUUAAUGCAUCAUAUAUAGAUGGUUAUAAAGAAAAGAAUAAAUUUAUAGCAGCACAAGGACCCAAGCAGGAAACAGUCAAUGACUUCUGGAGGAUGAUCUGGGAGCAGAAAUCAGCCAUUAUUGUCAUGUUAACCAACCUGAAAGAAAGAAAAGAGGAGAAGUGUUUCCAGUACUGGCCCGACCAGGGCUGCUGGAGCUACGGCAGCGUCCGUGUGUCUGUGGAGGAUUGCAUCGUGCUGGUGGAUUACACCAUCCGCAAGUUCUGCGUGCACUCGCUCCAGGAGGGAUGCAAAGCUCCCAGGCUCGUCACACAGCUGCACUUCACCAGCUGGCCAGAUUUUGGGGUGCCUUUCACACCUAUUGGCAUGCUGAAAUUCCUGAAAAAAGUCAAAACCCUGAAUCCUGCCCAUGCUGGACCAAUUGUUGUUCACUGUAGCGCCGGCGUGGGGCGCACGGGCACCUUCAUCGUCAUCGACGCCAUCAUGGACAUGAUGCUGGCCGAGCGCAGGGUGGACGUCUUCGACUUCGUCUGCAGGAUCCGCAGCCAGCGGCCACAGAUGGUGCAGACUGAUAUGCAAUAUUCCUUCAUCUACCAAGCCUUACUUGAGUACUACCUCUAUGGGGACACAGAGCUGGAUGUGUCAUCCCUGGAAAAACACCUCCAGACUUCCCACAGUGCUGCACCAAACCUGGUCAAAAUAGGGCUGGAAGAGGAAUUUAAAAAGCUGACCAAUGUCCGCAUCAUGAAGGAGAACAUGAGGACUGGCAACCUUCCAGCCAACAUGAAGAAAGCAAGAGUCAUCCAGAUCAUCCCCUAUGAUUUUAACAGAGUGAUUCUGUCCAUGAAAAGAGGGCAGGAGUACACAGACUACAUCAAUGCUUCCUUCAUAGAUGGCUAUCGACAGAAGGAUUAUUUCAUUGCCACCCAGGGCCCCCUGCCCCACACAGUGGAGGAUUUCUGGAGGAUGGUGUGGGAGUGGAAGUGCCACACCAUCGUGAUGCUCACCGAGGUCCAGGAGAGGGAGCAGGAAAAAUGCUGCCAGUACUGGCCAUCAGAGGGCUCUGUGACUCAUGGAGACAUCACAGUGGAAAUCAAGAGUGACAGCCUGAUGGAUGCCAUCAGUGUGAGGGAUUUCCUGGUGACAUAUAAUCAGAGCAACCAGGAGAAGCAGAGCAGGCUGGUGAGGCAGUUCCACUUCCAUGGGUGGCCGGAGAUCGGGAUUCCAGCCGAGGGCAAGGGCAUGAUCGACCUCAUUGCAGCUGUGCAGAAGCAGCAGCAGCAGACAGGGAACCACCCCAUCACUGUGCACUGCAGUGCUGGAGCAGGGAGGACAGGAACCUUCAUAGCCCUGAGCAACAUCCUGGAGCGGGUGAAGGCCGAGGGGCUCCUGGACGUGUUCCAGGCUGUGAAGAGCUUGAGGCUGCAGAGGCCACACAUGGUGCAAACACUGGAACAGUAUGAAUUCUGCUACAGAGUGGUACAAGAUUUCAUCGACAUCUUUUCAGAUUAUGCUAAUUUCAAAUGAGAAUUCUGCCUUAUUUUUUUAAUUUGUCUGUAUAAAUAGUUGUAUAUUAUGUUAAUUUAUUCUGUGUCACUUGGAUUGUUGACUGAACUGUAAAUAUGUUAUGCUGGCUCUAAAAGUUGCAUUUGCUGUAUAAAGUUGUUUCUUAAAUAUAAAUAUCUUCUAAAGCAAAGUAUAAUGUUCCUAUACUGUAUAGUACUGUAAGAUGGGAUAGAAAUCUUUAUUCUGAAUAACAAAAAAUUAAUUCUUGGUUGUUUUUUUUUCCUUUUAAUUUUGCCACUCAUAAAUAUUUAUCAACGUUAUCUCCCAAUUCUUGAAUUUUUUGACAGGUGAUUUACAGGUCAUCCUAAAAAAAAUGAAUUUUGGUGCACGUGUUUAAACAUGUUUUGUUCACCAGAAAAAAUAGAUAUUUAUUUUUCCAGACUGUUUUAAAGAGCCUCCAGGUUUUGUUGGAUUUUGAGUCUUAUUGUCCAUAAGAUAAAAUCAGUAGAAAUAUGGAUUUGAAUUUUUGAAUUAACAGAACUUUUAAAGCCCUGUUAAUUUUUUUUCUCAAAUAUUGUUUAAAUGGGCUUAUGCAAUAAUGUGGUUUUUAGAAUAUUUUGCAUAAUUGAAAAGUAUAUUUUGCAGGACCUGAAUUUGUCUACUUGAAGAGAAAGGCCAGAAAUGGAGUUAAAAGCUUCUUUUUCUAUAAACACCUGCAUAAUUUCCCACUUCUUUAAGACAAGAGAUGAACUCUUAUUCCUUGAUUUAACUCAGCAGGAUAAUUAAGAGGUAAAAAUUGGAAAAAACAUUUUCUGUACAGUUUAAUUCCAGAAACAUUGACUAUUGUAACAAAAGUUCCUCCAGGUCCUCACCCUUCAAGAAAUGUUAUCAAGAAAGGACUUUGCAUAAGGUGUUUAGGGUUGUGUACAGAAAUAUAUUUUUGCUGAAAGUAUUACUGAGGAUAGAAUUGGUGACAGAAAAUAUAAAAGUUUUUAUUACAGCCCUGACCAGGGGCUGGAAAUCCCCAAAAUCACAGGGCACCUGAAUGUUGAAUAUUUACCAUGUUUAUCUUUCCCACUCUUCCCAAAGCAUCUCUGAGUUAAUGAGCACAAAGGGGUGAAUCUGUAAUUAAUUACAUAAUGAAUAUGCAACAUAUGAAUAUGUCUUGUCCAGCCAGGCUUUGGCCAUGCAACAUCCAAGCCUUAUUUCAAACAAGCAGCUUAAACUGAGCUUUUCCCUGCUGUUCUUGCACUAUUUUAUCCCAUUCCAAAAUAACCUCAUUGCCCCUUGGAGCAAUGCAAAGGGAUGGGAAGGUGUCUCUGGGUUUCCUUCCAUUCCAGCCUGGCUGGAAAAGGUUUGGGAUAGGAAUUCCUGAGCACCCAGUUCCCACAGUGCCAUUGGCUGUUCUCGUCUUCCCGUCGCUGCACUCCUGUAUUUAUUUGUACAGUAAAUUAUGCACUUCAGAAAUGAGAUUGUUUAAAGACUAAACUCGCUUGUGAGUCUCUAUGAGAAGAAACACUCAAGCCACAGGGUUGGGUAGUGAAAGUGGAGCUGAGGAAGGGCAUGGUCCUGAGAUUCCAUCCAAGUCCAAAGAGCCAGAAUCCAUUCAGCCUGGAAAUGGAACAGUGGGGGUUCAGUCUGAUUUACAGCACAGGGAGUCCCAGAGGUUGGGGAAUAAUGCAAAGGAAUUCCCAUUUUCUGAUCCUGAUGUCAGGAUCUUUCUGACCACUUAGCCCACAUUUGAAUAAUAAUUUGUCAGAUUUUGGGGUCCUUGAGGGAAAAGCCUGGGGAGUUGUCCAUGAGGUCAAUCUCAGUGCAGGGAGACUCUGAAAAGUUGGAAAAGAAUGCAAAGGAUUUCCCAUUGUAUGAUCCUGGUGUCACAUUUUCUCCAGCCAUUUAACCAGCAUUUGAAUAAUAAUAAUAAUAAUUUAUCUGUUGGGCAGAUGUUGUGGGUCCCUGUGGUAAAAACUGGGGUUGUCCAUGAGAUUAAUCUCAGUGCAAGGAGACUCCAAAAGGUUGGAAAAUAAAGGAAUUCCCACGUUAUGAUCCUGAUGUCAGGAUCUUUCUGACCAUUUGGGCAGCACCUGAACAAUAAUAAUUUGUCAGAUUUUUGGGUCCCUGAGGUAACACCUUAGGGUGAGUUGUCCAUGAGGUCAAUCUCAGUGCAGAGGGACUCCAAGAGGUUGGAAGAUAAUGCAGAGGAAUUGCCAUUUUCUGAUCCUGAUUUCAGGAUCUUUCCAACCAUUUAGGGAGUAUUUGAAUAAUAAUAAUGAUAAUUUGUCUGUUGGGCAGAUUUGUGGGUCACUGUGGUAAAAACUGGGAUUAUCCAUGAGGUCAAUCUCAGUGCAGGGAGACUCCAAAAGGUUGGAAAAUAAAGGAAUUCCCACUUUAUGAUCCUGAUGUCAGGAUCUUUCUGACCAUUUAGCCAGCAUCUGAACAAUAGUAAUUUGUGUGUUAGGCAGAUUUUAGGGUCUUUGAGGUAAAACCUUGGGUUGAGUUGUCCAUGAGGUCAAUCUCAGUGCAGCAGUGAUGGGUGUGGGGGUCCCACAGACCCCCAGGAGCUGCAGCACAACUAAAGGUUCAGCUGGAACACCAAAUCCUCGGAUUUUAGUUGAUUGAGAUAUUGAGGAGGAAAGAGAAAAUGCCUAAAAUAUAACUCAGAAUUCACAACUGUAGCUGUGUGAAGGUUUUUUGUGGAUUUUGAAGAGCUCCCUUGGCAGCUGUUGGGUGUGCUCGGUGGCUGGAGCUCUGUGGAAUGUCUUGGAUUGGAAUUUUCCUUUGAAUCUCCGUGUGUGUGGAAUUCCUUUGGAAGGCCAGAUGGUUGAUUGGAAGUGUCCUUCUGAUCUGUCUGUGGUUUUGGUCACUGUGUGACUUGGACUGUUCAUGUGUUCAGGAGGUCCCAGCUCAGCGUUCAGGCGUUGGCUUCCCCACAUCCUCAUCCCACCGUCCAUGGGAAGCCCUGGAUUCCCUUCAAAGUGCUUGCCUGACUUGGGCCUUAAUGAAGAAUGCAUACUGUAAUUAGCAGUGUUUUUUAGGCUAUUUUUAUGUAUUUUUUAAACUUUUAAAAUGAGCCUGACCACCCCGCGUUCAGUCUUUUGAAAUGUUUGCAUUCCCCUCCUUCCAUUUUUCAUGUAAAGUUACUGGAACUUUUCUGUAUAACCAAAAUGUAUUUAAUUUGUCAAAUCUUUAUAAUAUAUGUAUGUAUUAUACAGUUUCAGCUCUUGUUAUUUUCUUUUCUUACAUUUCUAAUUUGAUCUUGCUGUGUUUUUAAUGCCGGUGAACGUGGCUGAAUUAUUUGUAUAUGCAAAUUGCAAGAUCUAAUACAUUCUGAUGCAAGAACAAAGCUUCCUUUUUAUUCUCCACCUGCAUUAU